AUGGCAGUCCCCAGCCCGAUAUCUCCUUGGCCCAUUCCCCUCCAAGAACCCAACCAGGUCUGCAUCCUGGCCUCAACGCUCAUCCCCGGCCGUGGCGAUCCCAUCCGCAACGCUGCAGUCGGCAUCUCCACGACAACCGGAACCAUCACCUUUGUCGGCCUGCAGUCCCAGAUUCCCUCGUCCCUCGCCUCCGCGGCCCGCGUGGCAGUUCGAUACCUCCUCCCGGGCCUCUGGGACUGCCACACGCGCUUCACUGGCGUGCUCAACGUCGAUUUUCCAGACUUCAUCCAGACACACCCUGCGGCCAUGGGCGCUGCCAUCACCCGCAGGCUGCACGACACCCUCAUGGCCGGAAUAACUUCCGUCCGCGACGUCGGUUCGUACGCCACCGAGGUCGCCCCGCUAAUUGAGAAGGGCAUCAUCCUUGGCCCAAGCAUCUUCGGCGCCGGCGGCGCAAUCGGUAUAACGGGUGGGAGCUGCGACGCGUGUACUCUACCCUCCGACUACGUGUACUCGCGGCAGGGCACCUCCUCCACCUCCGGACGGAAUCCCUGGCCGGGGGUGAGCUGUCUCGUUCUAGCAGACGGGGUCGAAGAGUGCCGCCUUGCCGUGCGGCAACAGAUCCGGCGCGGGGCGCGGUGCAUCAAGAUCGUUGCGACAGGCGGCGUGCUGAGCACUACCGACAACCCGCAGUACAGACAGUACUCCGACACCGAGCUCGCAGCGAUGAUCGAGGAAGCCGGCCUGCAGGGCCGUUCGGUGGCUGUGCAUGCGCACGGGAAGGACGGGAUCAUGGCAGCCGUCCGCGCAGGCGCGCACACGAUCGAGCACGGAAGCUACAUCGAUGACGAAGCGGCCCAGCUCAUGGCCCACCACGGGGUAACCCUCGUCGCGACGCGGCACGUCAUCGAAGCAGGCCUGCGCAACCUUGAGACGCUGAACCCAGAAACAGCACAGAAGAUGGUCGCCAUCGCGGAGUCGCAUCUGCGCGCAUACCAGACGGCCGUCCGGCACGGGGUCAAGAUUGCGCUGGGCACUGACAUCGCCGGGUCGAACCCCGCCAGCCGGACGGCCCAUGGCAGGAAUGGUGCCGAGGUUGGGUAUGCUGUCAAGGCGGGCCUCACGCCGUUGCAGGCGAUUGAGGCGGGCACGGUGAACUCGGCUGAGACACUGGCGGAGCUUGCGCCUAGUAAGGGGCUUGUCAAGGUUGGGUGGGAUGCGGAUUUGAUUGCCCUUGAUGAAGAUCCUCUGGAGAAUAUCCAUCUCUUUGAUACGCCGGAGAAUGUCAGGUAUGUGUGGAAGGGUGGGCUGCUGGUUAAGUCGCCCACGGGGAAACUACUCUGGCCGCCAUUGGCUGCUGCUGGAAGAUGA